AUGCAUGUGUCUCCUGGCAAGAGACGGGCAUUGGCGCCUCUCGACAACAAUUCGCGGUCUCUGAUCCCAUCGCUCAAGCUGUCGCAACCACCAGAGGUCAAAACCCUGGCAUCACAUGACGUACAAGACCCAGAUGGCAGCAAUGGUGGCAAACGGAAAAGUGCAGCCGUGGAGGAUGGGCCAGAUGCAGUGAAGAAGAGGCAAUGCGUUGCCGCGGCGUCAAUGGCGAUGACGACAACGGAUGACAGCCCCAGCGGACCGGUCACCCGAGACCGCGACGCUUGCUCUAUUUCCCCAGAACCAUCUUCCAUCUUCGACAACUCGACGGGCGAUACGUCUCUGGCAACGUGCACAACGGAGGUAGAGACGGAUACAGACGUGCUGGCGUCGUCUCCGCCUCGACUACCGCGUCAACCAACGAUGACGCGUGCUGAAGCGCGUCAGCAUGCCGAGGUAUUGCGGCUCCGGCUUGGACUUGCCGGCUACAAGCUGCGGACGGGCCAGGUUAGUGAUCGGUGCUGCUGA